AGUUGUUUCGAGGUGCUAUAGCUUUUAUAGCAUUAUAAAAAGAACAUGUAAAUGGGAUGUUCAACGCAUUUAGUUGCAACAACUGCAAUCGAUAAUAUGAUGAAGGUAUUUCUGAUACUCACACUUGGAUUUGUCUGCGUGUGGAAUGCAAGUGGUCAGAACGAUGGGAGAUACGUUCCACCAACUACUAGGAGACGAAUUAGUUCUCUAGCUAGUGGGCGUUAUGCUGGCGCAGGCGAUGGAAGAUAUCGUCCUAGCAACGAUGGAAGGUAUAGCGGAGGCAAUGAUGGAAAAUACGUUCAUGUCGAUGUACCUGGAGGUGCCUACACUGGCGGUGGUGGACAGUACGUUCCAGAAAAACCUAAACCCAUACCAACUGCCCCAACACCAAAACGUCCACCAGUUGAUCUAACCCCAAAAGCUAUUAAACCUUCAGUUCAAGGAAAAGGAACUGGUGAAGGAGGUGGUGGAUGGAAAAUCAUUCGUGAUGAAAAUUCUGUGGAAUCUGAUGGAUACCAAUAUCUUUGGGAAACCGAAAAUGGAAUUUUGGCUGAAGAACAAGGAAAAAUUCAGCCUUUGAAUAGUGGUGAUGAAGCCCUUCGAUCGACUGGUUACUAUGAAUACACUGGAGAUGAUGGUCUCCUUUAUCGUGUUGAUUAUGUCGCAGAUGACAAUGGUUUUGUACCAGUUGGGGAACAUAUUCCUACACAACCGCCGCACGUUCCCAAGUUAUUGGCUUAUUUGGCAGCAAAUGCACCAUCUAACCGCCGAAGGAGAUAAAUCCGUCCCAAUAAGCUACUCGAGCAGUAAUGAAUCUCAAUUGUAUAUUUUUAUUCUAAAUCAACGUACCUUAACUCCUUUAAGUCUAUAAUCUUCAAUAAAAGUGCUUUUAUGAUUUUUU